ACGAGGCGCGACGCGUCUCGCCGCGAUAAACCGUCCAAUAUCGAUCAUUCAACCGAUUUUUGCGUCUGCGAACGAUACAGCCUCUCCAGACCGUCCAGCGUUCGAAGCCGGAAAUAGGUAGACGUAUCUUUCAGGUGCGCGGGUCGAUGCAGCGAAAGAAACCGGUGAACUCCGUUGAAACGUCGAGUUUCAACUCGAAUUCGAGAAAUCUCUGAUAACAUCGGAUAAAGUAACGUUAAGAGGAAGGGGAUCGACGCAGGAUUUCUCGCGACGAGAAGUCCGCGAUCCCCGGCUGACGAGACGAUUCCGAGAGUGUCCUAAGUUUGGUAGCGAACUAGGGUCAUCGCGCGGCGAGGUUAUCGAUGGAUCCAGGAAAGGUGGGGAGAUCUCUGUACGUCGUCGACGUACUCCACGGUCCUCGGUAAAUCGACGAAACGACGGGCAAGCGAUCGGACCGGAGUCGAGCGUCGCGCGUUCGCGAACGAUGAUUGAAUGAUUUGAUGAUUGGAUGAUUUGAACGUACCGGUCGGUUCGUGGACACGGUCAGAGACGAGGAAACGGAGAAACGUGGAAACGAAGGAGCGCGUGCACCGCGAACGAUCGAAGACGAGAGUGCUGCCGGAGCCGAUCCAUCCCUUGCAACCGAGGCUCGAAGGGUGUCGGAAGUUCGCGAUCGGCCCCGCGCCUCGCCGGACGAUGGAAACGAAGAGCUGGCUGCGGGCGAUGCGGAGAUGCUUCAACGGGACCAGGAAGAGACGGCUGCUGUGGCUGUACGGGCUGGCGUCUGUCGCCAGCCUCGUCACGUUCGUCGCGUUUUGGUGCACCAGUGUGUUUCGGGACGCGAUUCUGUCGAACCUGGAGCUGCGGAACGGCACCCCCUCGUUCCUGCUGUGGCAGCGACCGCCGGUCGGCCUCGUGUUCCGCGUGCACGUCUUCAAUUACACGAAUCUGAGGGAGUUCGAGAGCGGCCACGCCGACAAGCUUCGCGUUCAGGAAGUCGGCCCCCUCGUCUACCGGGAGACGCUGAAUCGAGUGAAUCCGCGGCUCCACGAGAACGGGACGAUCACCUAUCAGGAGAAACGGAGCUUCGAAUGGAUCUCCGGGGUGUCCGAGGAUCAGGUCGUCGUCGUGCCCAAUGUGCUGCUCAUGUCUACGCUGGCUUACUCUAGGAACCUGCCGUUCGCCUUGGGGAUCGGUAUAGCCAUACUCCUGUCGAGUCUGCACGCGAAACCCUUCCUAGAGCUGCCCGUAGGCGAAUUACUCUGGGGCUACGAGGACAAGCUGUUCAACACGAUGAAACCGUUAGCUUCGUUCAGACACCACGUCCCCUUCGAGAAGUUUGGGCUUCUCGCAUUCAGAAACGGCGUGAACGACGACCGUAUCACGGUGUACACGGGGAUGAACGAUCUGCGGAACAUCGGGCUGAUCGAGCGAGUGAACGGUAUGCGGGAUCGCAAGAUCUGGGGAGACGAGAGGUGCGACGCCGUGUACGGCAGCGAUGGAAGCAUGUUCCCACCGCACUGGAUCGACCAACCCCGCGACACCGAGCUCCGAGUCUACGCGAAAGACGUCUGCCGACAACUGCCCUUUCGAUACGACCGCCGCGACUCUUCGAACGGCAUUCCUACCUUCAGGUACAAUUUACCGACCGACAUUUUUUCGACCAACGACGAGAACUCCUGCUACUGCUCGAAGGAGUCGGCCGACUCCGCUACCAGAAGAUGCCCGCCGAUGGGGACGUUCAACGUUUCCGCCUGCAAAUUCGGCGCCCCGAUAAUGAUGUCGUACCCCCACUUUUACUCGGCCGACAAGUCGCUGUUCGAGGACAUCGACGGUUUAAAUCCUGUACGCAAACACAGCGAGAGUUACAUUCAUCUCCAUCAGACAUUAGGCGUGACACUGGCAGCCAGAAUCAAGAUGCAGAUGAACGUGGAGGUGCGCAAGGCGUCGCCGAUACCGUUUUUGGACCGCUUGAAAGACGGCGCCAUUUUACCGUUAAUCUGGACGGACUCCGAAGUCGAGGAGCUGCCCGAGUCCCUGCAGCGAGUGUUGUACCGAGGACACUAUCUCGUGAACGCCAUCGAAGCCGGGUUUCAAUGGUGCAGCCUGGUCGGCGUUGUUCUUUCGUUCGGCGCCUUGGUCGCCGUGCUGAACAAGGAGAAGCGCGGGAAACUCGACGGGAAACUCGACGGGAAACUCGACGGGAAACUCGACUCGCUGGGAGACCACCGAUCAGUCGUCCGCACAGAGGUUGCCGCAACGUGAACCGACCGUCCGUGUCGCGUUUCCUCGUUCGCCUCGGUUUCAGCAACGCCCCCGACGCGUGGGAGUACUGGACGCGUGUGCGUCGCGACGAAACUGUUGAAAAAAAACGUGCCGAAACUACUUUGCGUUUGUUGUUCUAACCGUUUCACGGCUCUUAGCGCAGAUAGGUACCCCUUUCAGUGGCUGUGGGAGCACGGGUUUCGUCGGCGCGAUGGAAGCGUGCGACUUGCUUUCACUGGCGCGACGUCGAUAUCGUUUCUCGUUUGUCCGGUAACGUGAGAGCUCGGUAUGCGAUUCACCCGGCGACAGCGGUCGCCAACGCCGCUUCAUCGAUCGCGUUCGGAUUCGCGCAAAUGAAUCGCGAUAACGCGGCGGCGACCAGACGUUUAUCGAGGAACGAUCUCGACGGCCGGCGAUCGAUCUCGCGCACGAACGCGAGGCGAGCGUCGAGUCGCGAUCCAUUUUCCUGGAAACACGAUAACCGAGGUCGCAUCGCGGAACAUCUUCCGCAAACCGAGAUAACUGGAUCACUUUUCCAUUUUUUUUCUCCCGCAGCGUUUAUCGUGCGCAACGAAUGCAGACGCUGCAAAAAACGCCGACCUCCGUCCGGAGCGUCGACGGGGAACGUUCGAUCGCGCGAGCGAUCCGACCUCGCGGGACCAACGCGAGCGUGUACCACUCUUAGAAAAUUUUUAUUCAUUUCCACCGAAUCGCUGGGAACCGGCGCGAGCUCGGUCCCGAAAACCAUGUUCGCUGUACAAAACUAAAUUUACCUAAGAACCUAACCGCAAAUCCAUCCAGAGUAACGAUUUUAAAACGAGAUACGCAUACUAGUAACCGAUAAUGAAUAACAAUAGGGCCGCGAUCGUCGCGGGACGCGUCGAAACGCGAGCGCGCACGAUCGGAUAUAUACAAUGCAUACGUGUAAACGCGAGCCGUGUCGCACGCGUUCAAUGGACGGAAUGAUUUCGUUGGCUGUUUCUACGUACGGUACACCAUUUGCCCUAAUGACGAGGAUCAACGAUCCGGAAGCCUGUUCCAGAUUCGCUUUUUCAACUUUUUCCGCGCGCCGUUCCGCCGACACGCGACCGUUCUGUCUCUGUUCCUCUUCCUCCGUCUCCCUCCUCCUCCUCCUCCUCCUCCUCCUCCUCCGAAUGGUACAGUUCACGAACCACGGAGACGUUCCCGAUCGAAUCGCGCGGAGAGUCUCCGGGACGGACGAUCGGUAUCGUAGGUUCGAGCGUGGUGAGCGAUGUGUGUCGAGAACACGGAGUCCUUGAAAACGGUGAGCCGAAUACCGUUACGCGGCGCGACCUAACAGUCUCCAGUGGUCUAGCGUCUCCUCCCAGCCGCGCUUCGCCGUAACGUAUCGUACCGAGUCGAACCGGACCGUCCAUUUGGACUCGUACGAACGUAUACAUAUAUGUAUAUAUAUAUAUAUACAUAUACAUACAUAUAUAUACAUAUAUACAUACAUUUAGAUAUAUAUAUAUAUAUACGUUCAAACGUGUCCGAAGAUUCGCGUUUACUCUCCCCUCGUCCAUGUUCCCUCCGCCUCCCGUCCCUCGACCGCUUUCUUCCUCCAUCUCGGAGCCGGCUCGAAUCGACGAUGGAACAAGAAAGCGUGCGAGCGAGCGAGCGAGCGAGCGUGCACCAAAAGUUAACGUAGUCUAUAUGUCGAAUGUUCAUUCACGUCGGGGUUGAAGAGUGCGCGCAGCCCUGCGCGCACCGGUCGACGGAGAAUCCGAUGUCUAGGAAGUCAAGGAGCCGGAACCCGCCGAUCUACUUGGAACCCGAGGAAUUCUGGAAAGCCGGAUUCAGCUGACCGGUUUUCCCGCCACUGGCGUUCGACGGUAACGGAUUGCUGAGGUGCAGUUUCUCUUGGCGCUUCGCGGCACGCGCCAGGCAGACGAGCGCGCCGAUCAGGACGAUCGCGCCGAUCGCGGCGAGCGCCCCGGACACCGCCGACCGGGCGAUCGGCGGCACGUCCACCGCCAUCUUCAUCAGGCUCCGCAUUUCCACGGGCAGCUCCUCGAUCCCCUGCGAACCGUCAACGACACGCGUCAUCUCGAUUCGUCGUCCGGUCGACGAUCGGUUUCGCGGUCCUUCUCAUACUCACGUCCUCGAACCACAUGAUGGGGAACACUAUAUCCGGAAACGUGGCGACCUGCUUGAUGUCCCGCACCUGGCUGACCGCCAGAUUGAUUUGAAUUCUCGCCUUCGCUCGCAGCGAAGUGCCCAUCAUCGGCUGGACGUCGAUGUAGAACUGAUGCUUCUCCUCGAUGGGUGCCGAUAUUCCGUUCACGGCUGUGCGUAGCGUGGGAUCCGCUGUAACAGUUGCAAACCGGGUUUUCAGUAGUUGCCCACCGUUGACACGGUAGUCCGUUGUAGGGUCCGAAGAUCGGUGCUGCGUCUUACCGAGGUAGAAGUGCGGGAAGCUAAGCAAAACCGGCGAUUCGUAUUGACACAGAGAAGCGUUGAAGGUUCCCUCUGGCGCGCACGGUGGCCCGGCCGGGCAGAAGCAUUGCUGCGACUCCACUCUGCUGGGAGAGGCGAACGCGUCCUUCGAAGGGACGAAUCUGUAUCCGGGAACUCCGCCGGCGGUAGUCACCUCCUCCUAGAAAGAGAGACAGUUGGUCUCUAAUUGGUUAAGGACCUAGCGGAGAUCCUACGCGUUCGCUACCAUCAGAAAAAUACUAGCGCCAGUAUGCUAACGAUUGAUGUUCUUACAAUUAAAGACGAAUAUUUUUCGAAAAGCAUCUUUUCGCGACUAUUAGCUGUAACGAUGAUCAAUACUUCGAUGGUAGCGAACGUUAACCCAGAUCUCUGGUUUCCAAUCUCCACUUUGGUCUCGCAUCUCUGAUUUUAGAUCGGCGAUUACCUUGAACACAAGAGGCAAAGUCCUGCAGAGAUCCUUGUCGAAGACUUUCAGCACCGUCUGUUUGGUGAUGCGCGGUGGAAAAAUGCUGCCAUCGCUGCCAGCGAUGCUGUCGCAUUCCGGAGUGGUCCAGUGGCCGAGACUGCCCUUUCCGUUCCAUUUGUCGAGGACGCCGUACUUGGAAAUGUCCCCUUGUCCGGUGAAGAUCGUGAACCAGUCGGGCAUCGUGGUAUUCUUGCCGUACAUCAGGCCGAAUUGGUCGUACGGCAGCUUCUGCUCCUUCGGCACGACAUCCUUGGCCAACUUGAGCAACGGAUCCUCGUAGCCCCAAAGCAGCUGCCCGAUCGACACCUCGACGAACGGCUUUAUCCGGAGAAUGUCCAUUAUCGAUGCCAUCGCCAAUCUGAGGAAACGCGCCGCGUGUUUCGACUGGCUGGUCGCCGACAGCAUCGGCACGUUCGGGACCACCACCAGAUCUUCCUCCGAGCCGAUCGACUUCUCCUGCAACCAUCGCGACCAGCGUGUUUUCAAUUCACCGGCCGUUCGUUCCGCGAAAGCCUCUGAUACUCUACGAAACACAACGAUACGCCACGGGAUUCUACGAAACGCUUCCUUCGAUUCACUUCGCCCGCGAGCCUGCGGCACGUGCGGUUUGUCAUUCUUCGGGUUCAGACUCUGAGAUUCUUUGUAAUGCUACGAACUUCCGCGAGAUCUUGUAGCAUUUACGGAAAUUUUACGGAAUCCUAAAAUUCUAAGACAGUCUACGAAAGUCGGAAAUCCUACGAAGAUUCACAGAUUUUCAGAAGAAUCUACGAAAUCCUACGAAGUUCCACAGGUUUUCAGAGAAUUCUACAAAACUCCGAGCGCCCAUAGGUAUUUCCAUUCUCCCCCCGUCCAUUCCUCCGUCUGUCCCGAUCAAUGCGGCCCGAUUCGUUUCGCGGUUUCGAAAACAGCCGAGAUAUUCUUCCACGUACCGCGGAUGCGCGUGUAGGUAUUCUCGACGAUGCGAGCGGCGAUAUUAUUCGAGCGAGCCACAUUGUUCUCCCGUAUAACAAUACCGACAAUUGUGAGAAUCGAGGUGUCGUGCGUGUCCCGGGGAAACGUGCCACGUUGGCCAAACGCUAGUCGCACACCUUUGCUUUUAAUUCACGGAAGCGCGUUGCUCCGCUAUUACGAUCUUACUCAACCCGACUAUCGUUACCUAGCGGCGUUGCGUCAUUCCGCGCGACCCGACUUACUCUCGAGACUUUUACAAGAAACCACGGCGCUACAUUCCCCACCAUCCUCCUGCCUCCCCCCGCCGCCCUCCACCUUCGCGAUCAUCUGUCCCCUUCUGACUUUCCCGUUUCCUUUUCCCGAUCAUCUCCUUGCUACUCUGUUUCCCUUUUCACGUUCCCCGUUUUCGCGAGACAAGCCGUGACGACGGAACACCGCUGCUAAUGGAGAAUCCGAAGCAACUCGAUGUUUUCAGGAUGGUAGAACCACCAGCUAGGCACGCGGAAAAAUACAUGUGUCGUUAGAUGAAAAAAGUGAUACAGGAAAAUGAGUUACUAUCGAUCGACGCUGUUGCAUAUGUAUUGCAUUGUUCAAGUUCCAUUGUGUACCAGUACUGAGUAAAUGAAUUCGAAUUA